AUGGCCGUCGAGAAGCAGCUCCCUGACCGGUUCGAGAUCCGCGUCCUGGAGCCCAAGCACCUGGAGUGGGCAGCGGCCAUCGUCUCGCACAGCAACCUCUUCCACUCGCCCGUCUGGCCCGUCAUCUACCCGGAGCUCAAGGCGAAGCGCGCGUACGCCGCGCAGAAGGAGGCGCGCUACCUCGUCAACCACCAGAUCGAGUCGGGCUACUCGCUGGGCGUCUUCGACAAGGAGUACCAGUUCAAGCGGCCCGAGUCGGCGGCCACGGGCGGCGCGCUGUACUGGGACGAGGCGGACGAGGACGCCAGCGGGGCGACGCUGCUGGAGCAGAUGGACUUUCCGCUCGCGUCCGUGGCGCUGGCCUACGAUAGCUUCAACCAGCUCGACAUGGGCAAGAUGGCCGGGCUGAUCGAGGUGCUGCCCGUGUUUCAGACCUUUUACACGAUCCUCGGGUCCAGGGACAGGCGCGACCCGGAGGCGUGGAAGGCAAAGGCGCCGGGCGAGGUGCUGUUCCGCAACGCGACGAGCACGCGGCAUGACUAUGAGGGGAUGGGCAUCAUGGGCAUCACGGCGCGGUACAUGAUGCGCGAGAUGGCGAAGCAGGGCUUCCGUGGGAUCCAGAUCGAGUGUGCGGCCGACGCCGUCAACUAUGUGUGGAGCAAUCCGCCGGCGCCCUUCAAGGGCGAGGUGGUGAGCGACUUCGACAUGGGGACCUAUGAGGAGGAGGGCGAGGACGGGCAGAAGAGGAAUCCGUUUUAUCCUUCGAAGCAGCGGGCGACCAAAGUAUAUUGUACGCUGAAAUGA